AUGUCUCAGCCAGCCCGUCCAUCAUCAUCUACAUCCGACGCCUGGAAGGCCAGUCUGCGCCCACCACCAAGAGACGACCGUCCGCAGACCGAAGAUGUCACAGCCACCAAAGGCAUGGACUUCGAGGACAUGUUCCUCCGCCGUGAGCUCCUCAUGGGCAUAUUUGAAGCCGGGUUCGAGAAGCCGUCUCCCAUCCAAGAGGAAGCUAUCCCCAUCGCACUCGCCAAGCGUGACGUCCUCGCCCGCGCCAAGAACGGCACGGGCAAGACGGCUGCGUUUGUUAUACCUUCCCUCCAGCAGAUUGACGUGAACAAGAACAAGAUUCAGGCACUGCUGCUCGUGCCGACGCGCGAGCUCGCGCUGCAGACCGCCCAAGUGUGCAAAAUCCUCGGCAAGCACAUGGGCGUGCAAGUUAUGGUCACUACCGGUGGUACCACGCUCAAGGACGACAUUUUGCGGUUAUCGGAGGUCGUUCACGUCCUUGUUGGUACACCCGGUCGCAUACUAGAUUUGGCAGGUAAAAACGUUGCCGACCUAAGCGAAUGCCCUAUCUUCGUCAUGGACGAAGCUGACAAAUUGUUGUCCCCCGAGUUCGCCCCAGUAAUGGAGCAGCUUCUAUCGUACAUGGCCAAGGAUCGCCAGGUUAUGUUGUUCAGUGCCACAUUCCCCAUGAUCGUCAAAGACUUUAAGGAUAAGCACAUGCGAUCACCUUACGAGAUAAACCUGAUGGACGAGCUCACGUUGCGUGGUGUUACACAAUAUUACGCAUACGUUGAAGAACGCCAGAAGGUUCAUUGUCUGAACACGCUAUUCUCCAAGCUGCAAAUUAACCAAUCCAUCAUCUUCUGCAACUCGACCAACCGUGUCGAGCUGCUCGCGAAGAAGGUGACUGAGCUGGGUUACUCAUGUUUCUACUCGCACGCCAAGAUGCUGCAGUCGCAUCGGAAUCGUGUCUUCCACGACUUCCGGAACGGCGUGUGCCGUAACCUCGUCUGCUCGGACCUACUCACACGUGGUAUUGAUAUACAGGCGGUGAACGUCGUCAUCAACUUCGACUUCCCGAAGAAUGCGGAGACGUACCUUCACCGCAUUGGUCGUUCCGGGCGUUACGGCCACCUUGGUCUCGCAAUCAACCUCGUCACGUACGAGGACCGCUUUAACCUGUACAAGAUUGAGCAAGAGCUCGGCACGGAGAUACAGCCUAUCCCUCAAGCGAUUGAUAAGACUCUAUACGUCGCACCGAGCGCCAUCGAGGAGCCGGCAGAGCAAAAGAGCGCACGCACGACGCAGGCGCCCGUUCAGGCUCAGGGUCAGUCACAACAGAAGCAGCAGGCACCUCAGCAGCCGCAGUCGCAGGCACAGCUUCCUGCACAGGUCGUUUACAACUCUGCCCCCCUUCGCCAGAAUGGCGUGGCUGUACCGCAACAGUCACGACCAGUCUUCCAGACACCGUUCCGUGGGAGCGUACCCAGAGUUCGUGGGAUAACACGCCUACUGUCUGCGGGCGUUUUCACUACUAUGUCGAGCGCGAACUAUGGCCGGUUGCCGCUGCACGCCCUCUCACGAAGAUCAUCUGCAGACAGCUUAUCGUCUUCAACCUCUCCAGAUCCCUCUUACUACCCAACGCGCCGCCGGCGAUGGUACUCAUCCCUCUGGAACUUGCACCGUCCGCGGACGGUGCUCAUGCUCUUCAAAAUCUUCCUGGGGUGUGCCGUCCUAGUUCUCCUUGGCGGCUAUAUUCUCUGGGAGCCACACAUUGAGCUAGCUUUCUACUGGCGAGGCUGGCUGAAGCAGGAGAUAAAUACAGUCGUCCCACUCGCAGGCUGCUUUCGGCCAGAGAAUGUCUCGCCCCGCUACAACCUGAGCGCGGCUCUGCACGGGCAGAAGAAAACAGAGGUGCACGCGGGGCUCCCACUACGGCUAGGCGUAGACUGCUACGACUUCGCGGGGACGAUCGAGCCUGAGCCGCACGACGGCGUGGUGUUACUUCCCGACGAGCGCGUGCACUACCACACAUAUUGGCGGACGGACCUAGCGCCGUUCGGCGAGCGCCAGGAGUGGAUGCUCAAGUCGUUCUUCGCAACGCAGAACACGAACACCGCGCGCCUUGUGCUAUGGUCUAACGGAGACCUGUCGGACAACGCGAUCCUGCAGAGGUGGCUGCGACGUUUUCCGGACGCGUUUGUCUUGCAGGUGGUGAACUAUGAGGACUUGGCGCGGGGGACGGUACUACACGGUAGUGAGCUGCUGCGGGUGAAGGACACGAAGGCCUGGAUAGACGGAGAUUUGGUUAGGUUAUUGGUACUUUGGGCAUAUGGGGGCGUGUGGGUGGAUAUGGACUCGUUGUUGACGAGAGACCUCGCACCGCUGCUGGAGCAUGAAUUCGUCAUACAGUGGGAUUGUUAUGACAAAAUCUACGUGCCUUUCAAUGGUGCGCUGAUGCGCUUCCACGAGCACUCGCCCUAUCUCUGCGAAGCCUUCAAUAUCAUGGUAAACUCGCGACCCCCACGAGAGGGCUCGACCGACUGGGGUGCCCUCCUCUAUCUUAAACUCUGGCGGCGGCUCACGGCCGAGUCUAUUCCCCCAUUCAAAGUACUACCAUGGUGCUUCACCGACGCACGCUCGUGCCGGUUCGACAACCGACUGCCCGACCCGUUCGAGCAGGACCCUAUCAACGGGCAGUGGACGGUGGGCUACGGCAGGGAGGAGGGCGGGGGGCUAGACAGGGCGCUCGCCAAGGUAUUUUCGGUGCACCUCCACAAUCAGUGGCGCAAGCCGUUUCCCCUGGGCGGGUGGCUGGACCGGCUACUCCUCCGAAGAUAUGAUGCGAGGCUCAGCACGAGCUUUGGGGCGCGCGAGAGUGAGGAGUUGUGA